AUGUACAAGAACCAGCUGCAGGAGCUGGCGCAGAGGAGCUGCUUCAGCCUGCCGUCGUACGUGUGCACGCGGGAGGGGCCCGACCAUGCGCCCCGCUUCAAGGCCACCGUCACCUUCAACGGCGAGACCUUCCACGGGCCCACCUGCUGCACCACGCUCCGCCAGGCCGAGCACGCCGCCGCCGAGGUCGCGCUCGCCCGCCUCUCCACCCGCGGGCCAUCCACCUACCUCACCGCCAGAGUCCUCGUAAGCUGCUUCUUCUUCUCCUCGAUGAGCUUGCUUGCUCUGCAUGUGUCGUUGGACGAGACCGGGGUGUACAAGAACCUGCUGCAGGAGACAGCGCACCGGGCGGGGCUGAAGCUGCCGGCCUACACCACCGUGCGCUCCGGCCCGGGCCACUCGCCGGUCUUCGCCUCCAGCGUGGAGCUCGCUGGCCUCAGCUUCGCCGGCGACGCCGCCAGGACCAAGAAGCAGGCGGAGAAGAACGCUGCCAUGACCGCCUGGUCCGCCCUUAAGCAGAUGCCGGAGGCGCGCAAGGAGCCCGGCAACGGCUGUGUCGGCGAGGAGCAGGAGCACGUGGUCGUAGCCAGAGUGCUCGCCGCCCUGAAGCAGCGCUGCGAUGUCAAUGCGGCGUCGCCCUUACCGAAGCAGCACUGCCUCGCCGGCUCUUCUUCGUCCUCUGCUCCGAACCCGUCGCUCUACAGCCACCAAUGGCUGCCUCUGAGCUCCCAUGCUGCACAGCCCAGGACGCGCCACGUGCAGCCGCAGCCGGCCGGCCCCAGGAUACUGCCUCCGCUGCACAUGCUGCAGCGACCGGCGCCGUCCACCUCCCGUCACGGCGGCGAGCUGGAGCGGCAGAGGAGGAUCGAUGCGGCCGAGCUGGUGCAGAUGCUGGAGAGGGCCAUGGUGACGAACAGAGAAGAGGCAAUGCCGUCGGCGCCGUGCUACUACCCGCACGUCCCGGCGUACCACCACGCCGGCGCGGCGCCAAGAUACUUCGCCGCGGGCGGAUUCCACUCGCCGGCGAUGGCAGUGAGCGUGCGGUCGGUGAUCCCGAUGUGCUCCGCGCCGCCUUCGCCGCCGCAGCCGGCCGCGGCCACCAAGGAUGACCAUGAUGAUGACCGGAACGACCCGGCAGCACCUGCAGAGCACUAG